GGGGUCUUGGCCUUCGCCUUUCCACACGCGUACAUGUGUGCAAAAUGGGAGACAGCUCUGAGAGCGGCGUAUCGCUAGCAUGCGGUGCGGGAGACGAUUCUUAAUUUGCUUUUUGUAGAUGUUCCACCGUGCCGAUUUCAUAGCUCGGUACCUUAGGACCUCCCUUUUCCGGUCACGGCAACCCACAGGGAGUUGUAUGGGGGCCGCCAAACCCGCGGCAGUAAGUCUUCAGCAAAAGCUAAUAACUCGGGUGACAGAAGCACAACCAAGACCGAUGCUUUUGAAAAACCACUUUUCCAGAAAUCCUGACCUUUGGGAAGAACUGAGCUCCCUAACGUUUACUUAAAGCGUGGUGAUGACGGGUAACUUCAUUGUGCCUUUUCAGUGUCCCCGAGCAUGAAUUUCUCCGUGCUGCUUCCUGGUAGCUAGAUGCCCAUAUCUCAAAAACGCCGCCCUUUGCUCUGGCACUGGAGCUGCUCAGCGGAGAACCGGCCUGAAGACCUCAAACCUGACUUCCAGCUUACCAGAGCAAUGCACUGGCAUACAGACAGUUGCUUGUGCUAUGGAAAAUAGUUCUUAAAAGCCUCACGCUUGCUACUGGCAUCCUUAUCUGUGAAUGAACAUACAGAAGUUUAUCCUAAAAAAACCAAAACAAAACUCCAGAUCUCUUGUGUGCCUCUCUUAGCAACAUAAUGGAAAAUAGCUUUAAAAGAGACCCCAGCAACCAAACAAAAAUACCUCUUUUUCUUAUUUUCUAACGGUUUGAUAAAGCAUUGUGCAUAUUCUGACUGUGGAAUUCCAUGUACCAGCUCUUUUUGACAAAAAUUUGCAAAGAUGUUCAGAGCUGGAUGUGUGUGUAUAACUGCAUGGCAGAAGGUUGAUAAGGAGAAAAAUUGCCUCACACCCAAGAAUAACAAACUUACUGUGGUAGCAGAUAGGUUUUCAGAUAAAGGCUUUAAGAUAGUUGUUAAGAAUUGUGUGUAGUGUAGUAAUGUCUAUUUUUAGAAUAUUUCCUGUUUCUUAACAUUAAUUUCUGCAGCCUUCUGCAUAUAUUUCUAUAUCUUAUCCAGAUGUUCCUCGUGCACCUUCAAGGCUUCAUCAUCUGUGAGUGAUGCGCAAACAUGGUAGAAGAUCUCUUCUUUCUGUGGCCUAUGUGGACAGCUCAAAAUGGGAACAGAGGCAAAAAGAGGAGCAUAGCCUGGCUGACUUAGCCCACUUGAUGGACAGAACCUAUGAAAGAAAGCUGCCUGUCAGCUCUUUGACAAUAGCCCGGUUUAUUGACAACAUUUCUUCACGAGAGGAAGUGGAUCAAGCUGAAUAUUACCUUUACAAGUUUCGGCAUAGUCCAAAUUGCUGGUACUUGAGAGACUGGACCAUCCACAGCUGGAUCAGACAGUGCUUAAAAUAUGGUGCACAAGACAAAGCCUUAUACACAUUAAAAAACAAGGUUCAGUAUGGAAUUUUCCCAGAUAAUUUUACAUUCAAUAUUUUGUUGGAUUGUUUUAUAAAGCAGAAGAAGUAUGAAGAUGCUAUGUCAGUAGUAACAGAGAUCAUGCUGCAAGAAAGUUUUGAUGAAUACUCAACACAGCUUCUUUCUCUCUAUGUUUUAUACCAGUACCUGGCAACCAAGUCUGAACAUACGUGGGAAGAGGAGAGAAAUCUUGGAGCAUCACUAGUGCUUACGGGCUUAAAGCAAACAAGCACUGUGGGCUUUAGCUCCCAGCUGUAUGGCUAUGGAUUCCUUGGGAAAGUGGAGUUGAAUAAAGGGCUAAGAGCUGUAUACAAUCUAAUGCCACUGAUGUGGACACCUGGAUACUUGAAUAGAGCCUUGCAAGUGAUGGAGAACGUGGCUUCAUUGUCAGGGGACAGCAAAAUCUGCAAAGAAGCUAUUGAUGCUCUGGAGACCAUUUUUCAGUCUGUCCUUGAGGCAAAACCUGGUCCAGAAUCAUCUGAAGAAGUCAAGAAAUUAGAGCAGAAGUCACAGUGUGCAGAAUCAGAAGAAACAGAGCAGUCUAAAGCACCUGAAUACUACAGCCGAUUCAAGGAGCUGUACUCUAAGCUGCAUUCACUUGGCAAGGUUGAAUCUGAAAGCCUGUUAACCCUGACCACCCAGCUUGUCAAGGAAAAGCUGCCAGCAUGUGAAGUGGAAGACAUUGCAAAACACGAGCAGAAGCUAAAGGAGUGGGAGCAAGAACAAGCACUUCUCACAGAGAGAGAGAGAGAGAUGAGAGAAAAGGCUAAGCAGGAAAUGGAAGCUAGGAAGCUAGCUGAAGCAUCUGCUUAGUACUGGAACUCAAAGACUACCAGAGUGGUAUGCAUUCCUCUGUCAGCGAACUGAAGUGCUCACCCGUAUUAAUGUUUCACUUCAAUCCUGCUGCAAGUGUGACAAUAUGUAACUGCUAUAUGCAAAUUAAACUUUUCCCAUUUUGCCUGUUUCCUGAAGUAAAGCGCAUGUGGUUUAGAAAUCUUCAUCCUGUAUAUGAUAUAUUUUCCUCCUGCCAUCAGCUAGGCAGCGGGUGGGAUGGAGGCAACACAAAGAAACAAAGGCAUAAGAAGUAGCUUGCCUGUGAUGAAAGGUGUAGAGGGUGGAAGGAACAAAAGAAGAGGGAAGAAUUUCAAACACAAGUUGUUUCAGUAGGGGUUUCUCACAGAAAGAAUGCCUUGGCUACUCUGAACUUCAGAUGCUAAGAGGAUUAACGUAUAUUGGUUGCUUUUUCUUUCCCAACCCAUUUGGAAAAUUCAGGGUACUAUACAUGGAGUUGGAAGCCUAACUGGUCUGUUUUUAAAACUACUUUAAAGAGGUUCAGCCUAGCGAGUUAGCACUUGUACAGUCACUCAGAUGUGCUUUUCCUGUAAGGAAGUUAGAAAUUUCUGAGUUUACGAGUGCUGCUUUGCUCCAUUUUUAAGGUCAGUAGAGAAACAUGCACAAUCACCUCAGGACACACCGAGGAGUCUCAUACUGCAGUGCAGUUUCCUUUUAUAUUCUGGGUGCUGUUUCAUAGGGGUUUUGACCUAAUUCCCUUCUUGUCUCAGCUGUGUACAUGGUCCCAUGCCCCAUUUUUCAGAUCAGUAAAACAAUGUAGCUAUUCACACAGAGCACAAGGAAAGGGCAAGGGAGGAAAGGAUCAUCGUGCGCUGGCUGUGGGCUGCAUCAGCAUCCAUCCCUGCUUACAUUCCCCAUCACCCCUGAAUCUCAUCAGCUGCAGCCAGCAACUUUAUGCAGCUCAUGGCAGGAUAAAUUCCUUGAAAAUAGGGAGACCCUAGCAACAGCUCUGCUGUAUGGGAGCUUGUUAUGGCAACAACAGCGUUGUCUCACUGUGCUUUACCACAGGGUCUGAUAAGCAUUUCCAGUUUUAUCAUGCACCUGUCCAGUCUUAGAGUGCUAAAACUCCCAUCACAUAUUCACUGUGCAUCCAAUGAGAACACACUGCAAAUCUGUGAAGUGAACUUGUUUUAAGUGUAGGAAAACACCUUACUACGUGCACCACAUGCCUCUCUUAUUCCCAGCAAAUGCACUCAGAGCCUGAUGGCUCUUUCACAUCCAAGAACUUGGCAGUAAGGUCCUUCACCCCAUCUUGUCAAGCAAGCCUCAUAGUUUCACCCAUGCUGCAGCAAGAGAAUGCUGUCUCCAGUAUGUGAGUGAUUUUGUGGCUUGGCCUAACUAAACCAGCAGUGAACUUCCCUGGGCAACUUUCUCAAGUCUGAAGUUUUUUUCCUUUUUCUUGGUCUAAAUACUUUCUGAUUACUAGAAGUUAGGGAGCCUUAAGGGAGAGUAGGAGGCUAAAUGCACUCCUAGAACAGUUUCUUCAAAACUGGUGGCUUUAAAAAGGUCAUCGCUCUUAGUCCAGCCACAGGAGAACAAAGUGUCCCUUCCCUGACCACGUAUGUCAGUUCUUCAGUAUCGGAAAACAGCUUGUACAUCCAAACGUUAACUAUCACUCCUGCAUCCUGAUUCCCUUCUCAGCUUCUCUCUGCAGACACCAUUUCUCCCUCCUGGGAUCUUCUCUACACCAGCACAAUUUUAAGACCCUCCUUGCUGACACACCGCCUCUGGCCGCUGCAGCUGCCUGACCCUGUUGCUUACGAGACACUGUCUGGCCAGGCCACAAUGGGCACUGCCAUGUUUCUCCUUGUUUCGUGUUAGCAUCCAUUUCUUGGCAGCACAAGAAGCCUCACCUCCGCCCUCCCUUGCCCUGCCCAGCAGACAGGCCAGGCUCCUAAUGCUAAUUGAGCUCCAGCAAGCUGCCAGCUGCCUUGCCCCCCGCUCUCGGAGAGCACGCUUCACUUCCCCUACAGCAAACCUCCCUUUCCAGUUAUUUAGACUUAAUUAUUACAGCAACAGGAGAAGAAAAUCCUCUUCUAAGCUCCAAGUAGCCUGUUGAUGAAUAUUACAGGUUGCCUCCUUGUUUUACCCCAGGGGUUAACUUUCAGACUGUGGGGUUUGAAUGCUUGGAUCCUGGUCCAAAGACUAAACAUACGCAGUGUAGAUACAACCUUUCUCUGCCUUCCUCCAAAUCUCCUCCGUAUCCCCCUCUGCCCUUGGGAGAGGGGGGUUUCCCUGCCAAAUACUUUGCAGGUGGCAAAGCAGAUUCCUGGGGCGAGAUGAAGGACACCAAACCCUAGACCUGUAGCAGAGGGUCCAGACCAUUUGUGGCUUAAGAAGCCAAAAGUUUUGCCAAGCCCUCUCAUUUAUCUUUCCCCCUGGUAUCAACCCUGAGUGAGAAACCACUUGUGACACUUCCACAGGCUGGGCCAGCUGCACACCAGGGCCCCUCCUCCCACCCUCUCAUGCCCCAGCCAAGUAUUUCCAUGGCCUAGUAGCCUCCUUCUUGCUUCUCCCCACCCCAGGCCUCACCACUCUCACUCAGUUGCAACCAGCUUCCAGAGCAGUGUUUUCUCACCUAGCAAAUCCUCAGGUUGCCCACAGGGCUUCCUGCACCCCCUUGAAUUCUCCAGCAGUCCUCAUCGCUGCUUCUCCUUUGACCUCACCCUUGAUGCCCUUCAAGUUCCCCCCGUAGUAUGUCCUCUCACAUUUAUUUAUUCCCCUUCUCCAAGGAGGCCAGCCGUGUCUCUUUGCUCCUCACCCUCAUCUCAGGCAGCAGCGUGCCCCCAGCUCUGCGGACAGCAAGCAGCCCGGGGUCUCAAGUGCUCGGGCACCCUGAGGUGUGAGGCCCCUGGACACAGCUCAGUCUUAAGAGGCUGGAAACAGGAAUUAGCAACUGAUGCCUGAGGGAGGGGAGGAAGGUACGCUCCUCUUGGGUGCUCUCCCACCUGCUAGCUUUGAGCAAGGUCAACAGCGAGACAGACAAAUUGUGAGACGAGGUAAUUCACAGACAGGUGCUGCUCGGGCACGUGCUUGGCUUCCUAAGGGAGACAUGGACGGUAGCUUUCCACCACAAACGCAGCAGCAUGAAGAGUCAACAGAGUAUCAACUAACUCAGCUUGGCUUACCUGCUUUUCUCCUUUUCACUCCAGGAAAAGUAAGAUAGACUUGACUGCUCGCCCCCUUGCAUAAAUCACAUAGCACACACAACCUGUUUGUCAGCUGCUUGCUGGAUUACUCUUAGAAGUUUGAAGACCACUUGUAAGCAACACCUAGGAGUGAAACUGGGCCGCAGGUAGUCAAAAGCCCAUCAGUGCAGAUGCCUGCAGCUUUGUGUGCACUCCUGUGAUAGCCAUCACCCGCUGUGAGGCAGCUGGCUGCCUUUAGAAGAGGGGGCAGAGAAGUC